AUGGUACGGGAGAAGUUGCUGAAAUCGAGAGCACUCGUGCUGUCCAUCUAUGAAGGUCUAUUGAGUAUAGUGACGAACUGCAAGGCUUGUAAGAAGAACAUCGCCGUCGCUUCAGCCUGGUUUAAGUGGACGAUGCGUGGUUUUGUUUAUAUUGUACUGAUGGGAUACCUACAGCUAGAAGACCGCCUAGACCAGGAUUUGGCAGCGCACGGGCUUGAUUUGAUGCGGCAACGCGAUGCGUUUGUUAACUCAUCCAAUCUGCUGCUGAUGAUUGGUAUAUACCGCCGUGGACGUGCGCUAUUUCCAAGUAGCCUGGAGGGCCUGGGACGAGAGAAAAUAGAUCCGUUCUAUACGGAAACGGGGAAAAAUGGAAAAUCUCCAUCUUUCAUUCCAGUCGCUCCGUUCCAGAUCUAUUGUCAAUUGACAUUUGACCGGAUCAAAAACGAACCGACUAACAAGCCCGAUAAAAAUAAAGUAUUAUUUGAGUUUGGUACGACGCAUGGUGGUUCAUUUCAAGCAUAUUUGACGAUGAGGUACCUCACUCACUAUGGAACGGAAUUCGUCAGAUUUUGU